CAGAAGAAGACGGCAGCAAGCGUAGACAAUCCUAGGAUUCUUGUUUGGGAUAUUUGAUCCCCUUAUUAUAUAUCUAUGACAAUUCCUGUCAUAACAACCAGGAAUGAUGGCCAAUAAGAAGAAAGUAAUAGUAACAGGUUUUGAGCCUUUUGGUGAGCAUGCAGUGAACUCCAGCUGGGUGGCAGUGCAGGAGCUGGAGCGGUUAGGGCUGGGUGAAGCAGUAGACCUUCAUAUUUGUGAGGUGCCUGUUGAAUACCAGGCUGUUCGGGGCCUACUGCCAUCUCUGUGGAAAGAACACCAGCCGCAGUUGAUGGUCCAUGUCGGUGUUUCUGGGUUAGCCACCACUGUCACUCUGGAGCAGUGCGGCCACAACAAGGGUUACAAACGCCUGGACAACUGCAGCUUCUGCCCGGCUUCCCAGUGUUGCAUGGACAGGGGCCCCGAAUGCAUACGCUCAGUCCUGGACAUGGACACAGUCUGCAAAAGGGUCAAUGACUCCGACCUUGGGGUCGCUCUUUCCGUAUCUAAGGAUGCUGGAAGGUAUCUGUGUGACUACACCUACUACACCUCUCUGUACCUGGGGCAGGGUCACUCCGCCUUCAUCCAUGUGCCUCCACUUGGAAAACCCUACAGCAGCCAGGACCUGGGUCGAGCUCUUCAGGCCGCUGUACAGGAGAUGCUGAAACAGCUGGAACUGGAUCCCAAACACAACCAGCACUGCAAUCACGAGCAUCAACACCAGCACGACCACUAAUGACUUAUAGCGUGGCGAGCGGCGACUCCAACAUAGUCAACCAUUAGCUCCAGAAACGAAUGGCAUGAAUUUAACAAUUGUUGUCAAGAACAGGAGCUUGUGUCUGAAUUAGGUGCUUUUAACUGUAAUAUCAGUGUCAAUUAUAAACCAUGUGUUGUAUCUUAAAAAUAUUGAAGGUUUUACAUCUGUUUAUUGUUGGCCUGGUCUUUGCAUCUGUGGGUUCGAAUGUGUGUGCAGGAGUAGUGGACAUCUGAGUGUUAGUCAUGCCUCUGAUAAGACUGUGAAAAUAGAUGUCAGCAACAAUUAUGUCUGUAUUAACAUUGUAUCAUGUGAAAAGGGGGAUUUAUGUGACUAUAUUAAGAUACAAUAGUAGCACUGUCAAGGUAGUAGCUGAAAUUACAAGUUAUUGUUGCACAUUGUGGGAACUUUUAUGGCUACACUAACCUUUUAAGCCACAUCCCACCUGUGAGUCUGUCCUCUCACUGUUUUGAAGUGUUUCUGUUUUCUCGCACGUCCUCUUGAGAGGAUUUGGUUGUCGUCUUGGAAUUAGGCUGCCAUUCCUUUGUGUUGCUUGUUUUCGAUCCAGAGAAAUAUGAUGACAUUGAACUGAAAUGUAAAGAUUCACACUUAUAAUGAUUUGUUUAACUCAGGGAAUAUAUUGCACACACAAUCAAUAUUAAGUAAACUGAUCAAUUGUGAUCAAUGUGUCUGUCCUAUGUACAGUAUGCAGUGCAUCUUUGCAAGGCAAAGCCAGCUUAAAGUUAUGUGUAAUUAAAACACUUCACACACAGGCUUUUUUUGUUAUUUGUUCAUGUCAAUCUGAAAUCUUCAGUCAGAUAAAAUACUGCUUCCACUGCUUAUACUUUGAGUACAACACAUUGUCUCUCAAAAACUAAAGUAUUGCUUAUAAUUUUUUUUUUACAUUUACGAAUGUGCACUACAAUAAACAUAAUGUCC